AUGGCGAACGUGGAACCUUCGCAUUCUGAGGCCGCACACCUCGGAAAAGUUUUCACGAGGGGCCACCAACUGAGUAAAUGUAUCUUUCCACAGUCGGAGGUGACCCAAGAGAUGGGAAAGGAGAUGGAAGAGAAGGACCUGGAAUCGAUGGGGGGACCAGCAGUGAAGACGGAAGCAGAGUUCUCUGAGGAGGAAGGAUCUCCUUCGGAGGAAGGGCAAAGGGAGCAGGCCCAGGAGCGUGCCCAAGAUGCCCUCUCAUGUGCUGAAGAUGCCCAGGAGACGAUUGAAGAAUUCCAGGGGUUCUCAUUGGAAAGAGACAAGGAGGAAGAGUCUGAAUGUAACUUCUGGGAUCGAGAUGGACCAGAGAUGCUGGAGGGAAGCCAUGUUGAGAAGACGAGGGGAAACCCCAUUCCUUGUCAAGGAGGGGAUUUCCCUGAAGUAAUUCACAUGGUGGAGGAAACACACAAAUGCUUGGAUUGGGGACUGAAUUUGUCAGAUCAAAUUCGAAAUGAUAUUGAUUCGCAAAAGCACCCUGUGAAGAAGGCCCAUAAUUGCUUGCAGUGUGGAAAGAGGUUCCUUUGUGGAGCAGAGCUCAUGAAACAGCAAAGAAACAUAGGAGAGAAACUGUAUUCCUGCUCAGACUGUGAUGAGACGUUCUCAGAGAAAUCAAACCUUAUUCAACACCAGAGACAGAGUUUCCACCAUUCAGGCAGAGAGCCAUUUAUCUGCACAGAUAGUGGGAAGAGUUUAUUUGAUGGGAAGCAUCAAAGUAAUCACAGAGGUGAAAAUCCUUUUGAAUGCUCAGAGUGUGGAAAGAGAUACAGCAGAAGACACCAUCUUGAAGAGCAUCAAAGAAUCCACACAGGGGAGAAACCUUUUCAAUGCUCAGAGUGUGGAAAGAAAUUCAGUUGGCGUCUCAGUCUUCAGCGGCAUCAAAAAAUCCACACAGAGGAGAAACCUUUUGAAUGCUCAGAGUGUGGAAAGAGAUUCGGUAACAAUGGCGAGCUUCAAAAGCAUCAAAGAACCCACAGAGGUGAGGAUCCUUUUGAAUGCUCAGAUUGUGGAAAGAGACUCAGCAGGAGAGGCCGUCUUCAAGAGCAUCAGAGAAUCCACACGGGGGAGAAACCAUUUCAAUGCUCAGAGUGUGGAAAGAAAUUCAGUUGGAGUGUCUGUCUUCAGCGGCAUCGAAGAAUCCACACAGGGGAGAAACCUUUUGAAUGCUCAGAGUGUGGAAAGAGAUUCAGUAUCAGUGGCAAUCUUCAACAGCAUCAAAGAAUCCACAGAGGUGAGAAUCCUUUUGAAUGCUUGGAGUGUGGAAAGACAUUCAGCUGGAGAGGCCAUCUUCAAGGGCAUCAAAGAAUCCACACAGGGGAGAAACCUUUUCAAUGCUUAGAGUGUGGAAAGAAAUUCCGUUGGAGUGUCAGUCUUCAGCGGCAUCAAAGAAUCCACAGAGGGGAGAAACCUUUUGAAUGCUCCGAGUGUGAAAGGAAAUUCACACAGAAAUCCCACCUUCAAAAACAUCAAAAAACCCACAAGGGGAGAAACCAUGUAGCUUCUCAGACUAUGACGAGACCUUCCCCGUGUUUCACACCUUAAUGACAACC